AAAUAGUACUCAAGAUAUUAAAAGUAGAAUAGAUCAAAUAUGGAUAUCAGAUAAUUUAGUAGAUCAACUUUUUUGUACUGAUAUUAUACCUACAGAUUUGAAAAGUCACAGUAACAAUGCAUGUGUAAUGAUGGAAAUAGAAGAUAACAUAUUUAAAUACAUUAGAUCAAUAACAAAUCCAAAUGAAAUUAUGAACAGAAUAGAAUUUAAUUUUAAGGGAACAUUAAAAAAAAAAUGGAAAAAAUACAAUAAACAGAUUGAAGAAAUAAUAAGAGAAAAUAUCUUUGUUGGAAAUGACAAUAUAGAAGAAAAAUGA